ACCAUUUACAGCCAACCAUUUGCUGCUAUCUCUCAAUCUUCAUAGCUCUUAAUCUCUUUCAAAUUUCAGCUAUUAGAUACAACUUCCUUACUAGUUGUUUUGCUUUAACAAAAUCAAAACAAGAUGGCUGCAACUAUGAUAGGAGGUGCUUUUCUCUCUGCAACUGUUCAAACCUUACUUGAGAAACUUGCCUCAACAGAGUUUCUUGAUUACAUCACAAACACCAAGCUCAAUGUCUCCCUCUUGAGAAAGUUACAAACAACCCUGCUCACUCUUGCGGCUGUGCUGGAUGAUGCAGAAGAGAGGCAGAUCAACAAUCUUGCUGUCAAAAAAUGGCUAGAUGACUUGAAAGAUGUUGUCUUAGAUGCUGAGGAUUUGGUCAAUCAAAUAAGUUAUGAUUCCCUUCGGUGCAAGAUGGAGAAUAGACAAGCUGGAAACAGAACUAAUCAGGUGUGGAAUUUAUUUUCAUCUCCUUUCAAAAACUUGUAUAGAGAUAUCAAUUCCCAACUGAAGAUCAUGUGUGAAACCCUUGAACCUUUUGCACAACAUAAAGAUACCCUUGGAUUGCAAACAAAAAGUGCAAGAGUUUCUCGAAGACCACCUUCAAGUUCAGGGGUUAAUGAAUCUGUCAUGGUCGGUAGGAACGAUGAUAAAGAUACAAUCAUCAAUAUGCUUGUAUCAGACUGUGGCAUCAGCAAAAAUAAUAACUUAGGUGUUGUUGCAAUUUUGGGUAUGGGAGGUCUCGGAAAAACGGCCCUCGCCCAACUGGUUUACAACAGUGAAAAAGUUGAACAACAUUUUGAUUUCAAAGUCUGGGUUUGUGUAUCCGAGGACUUUGAUGUUUUGAGAGUAACCAAGUCUCUCCUUGAAUCUGUUGUUAGAAAUACAACAUCCGCAGCUUCAAAGGUAUGGGAAAGUGAUAACCUUGAUAUUCUUCGAGUUGAAUUAAAUAAAAACACGAGGAAGAAAAGAUUUUUGUUUGUGUUGGAUGAUCUGUGGAAUGACAAUUACAAUGAUUGGGAUGAGCUAGUAAGUCCCCUCAUUGAGGGAAAACCUGGAAGUUCAGUGAUUAUAACAACGCGCCAACAAAAAGUUGCAGAUAUGGCGAAGACAUUUCCUGUUUAUAAAUUAGACCCUCUGUCACAUGAAGACUGUUGGUCUAUCCUCUCAAAACAUGCAUUGGGAAGUCAUGAAUAUCACGCCAAUAAAAACACAGCGCUUGAAGAGAUUGGUAGAAAGAUUGCAAGAAAGUGUGGCGGAUUGCCAUUAGCUGCUAAAACAAUGGGAGGACUUCUACGUUCAAGGGUAGACCCAAUGACAUGGACUGAUAUUUUGAACAGCAAUGUAUGGAACUUAGCAAAUGAUAAUAUUAUACCUGCUUUGCAUUUGAGUUAUCAAUAUCUUCCCUCUCAUUUGAAAAGAUGUUUUGCGUAUUGUUCAAUUUUUCCAAAAGAUUAUCCACUCGAUAGGAAGAAAUUGGUUUUGCUGUGGAUGGCAGAGGGCUUCCUUGAUUAUUCUCAUGAGGGAAAGUUGGUAGAGGAUGUAGGUGAUGAUUGCUUUGCUGAACUUCUGUCUAGGUCCUUAAUUCAACAAUCAAACGAUGGUGUUCGUGGAAAAUUGUUUUUCAUGCAUGAUCUCAUCAACGACUUAGCCACAGCCGUGUCUGGAAGAAUUUGUUGUCGGUCUGAAUGUGGUGACAUCUCUGAAAAGGUUCGUCAUUUAUCAUAUAUUCCAGAGGAGUAUGAUAUUUUCACGAAGUUUAGGCCUUUCUACAAUUUUAAAUGCUUGCGAAGCUUCCUACCCAUUACUUUCUCGAGGUCAUAUAAUUACUUAUCCAUCAAGGUGGUUGAUGAUCUGCUACCAUUAUUCAAAAGGUUGCGCGUGUUGUCACUAUCAAAGUAUGUAAACAUCACCAACCUUCCGGAUUCAAUCGGAAAUUUGGUGCAAUUGCGGUAUCUAGAUUUGUCCUUGACUAGAAUCAAAAGUUUGCCUGAUACAAUAUGUAACCUUUAUAAUUUGCAGACAUUGAUUUUAUUAGAUUGCGAGUGUCUCACUGAAUUGCCACUCCACAUGGAAAACUUAAUUAGUUUACGUCACCUUGAUAUAAGUGGGACUGACAUAAAAGAGUUGCCUAUGGAAAUUGGUGGACUAGAAAACCUCCAAACUUUGACUGUUUUUUUAGUGGGUAAACGACAGGAAGGGUUAAGUAUCAAAGAGCUAAGGAAAUUCCCAAACCAACAAGGGAAACUUACCAUAAAAAACCUAUACAAUGUCGUUGAUGCAAAAGAGGCCGAAGAUGCCAACCUGAAAAGCAAAGAGAAAAUUGAGAAUUUAGAGUUGAUAUGGGGAAAACAAAGUGAAGAUUCAGUAAAAGUGAAAGUUGUGCUUGAUAUGUUGCAACCACCAAUAAACUUGAAGAGCCUUAAAAUUGACUUGUAUGGUGGGACAAGUUUUCCGAGUUGGUUGGGAAAUUCUUUGUUCUCUAACAUGGUGUCCCUUGACAUUCAUAACUGUCAAUACUGCAUGACACUUCCAGCGCUAGGCCAACUACCUUCUCUAAAGAAGCUGAGUGUAUCGGAUUUGUUGUUAUUAGAGACAAUUGGCUCAGAAUUCUAUUGUGUUGAGGAAGGAGAAUGUUCCAAUUCUACCUUCCAACCAUUUCCUUCCCUUGAGCAUUUGAAAUUUCACAACAUGCCAAAUUUGAAGGAUUGGAUUCCCUUUGAAAGUAUAAAUUUUGCAUUUCCCCAACUUAGAAUUAUGAAGUUACAUGAUUGUCCUGAACUAAGGGGAGAUUUGCCUAGCCACCUUUCUUGCUUGGAGGAAAUUGAAAUAAGAAGUUGUUAUAAGCUAUUGGAAACACUCCAUAGUUUGAAUUGGCUAUCGGCAAUCAAAAAACUAAGAAUUGAUGAAGAUUUAAAUUAUGAAGCGUCUGCUCAAAGCACUCGAGGAUUAACGUUUGAGACCGAAUCUCCCUUGCAACCUGCAGCUGCUGAAAGUUACCCAAUGUUUAUUUCUAAAAUGAUCAUGAGUAGUAUUUCUCUUACUCAGUUAUAUCUCUGGAAUAUUCCGUCUCUCACUGCAUUUCCCACAAAUGGUCUACCCAAUUCACUGCAGUCACUUCUUAUUUUUGGGUGUGGGAACUUGUCCUUCAUGCCUUUCGAAACAUUUCAAAACUACACAUCACUUGUGGAUCUUUUUAUGGGGUAUAGCUGUGAUUCACUUACAUCAUUUCCACUUGAUGGUUUCCCUGUACUCCAAGAAAUUACCAUUUACGGUGGUAGGAGUAUGAAUUCCAUUUUUAUUUCAGAAAGUCCUUCACGUAUGCAGUCAAGCCUCCGAUCACUUCAUAUUACAUGCAGGGAGUCACUUAAAGUCAAUCUUAGGUUGGACACGCUCACCAAUCUUGAACAUCUGAGUCUUGACUGUCCUGGAAAGUUGUCAUUUCAUGAAGGAGUUUGUCUGCCCCCCAAAUUACAAUCAAUUGAGAUUUCUUUCCGAGGAACAAAGCCGCAUGUAAAGGAAUGGGGUCUCCAAGACCUAACCGCUCUUUCAAGAUUGACCAUUCAAGAAAAGGGUGAAAUGGUUAACAACUUGACAAUGGAUCUGUUGCUCCCCAUCUCCCUUGUGUCUCUCACUGUCCAUGAUAAUCUUUCUUUUGAUCUAAAUGGGCUUCGACAUCUCUCCUCUCUCGAAGAUCUCAAAUUUCAUUUUUGUGGACAUCUCAAGUCUUUGCCAGAAAACUGUCUUCCUUCCUCACUGAAAUCACUUGAAUUUCAUUUUUGUGGACAUCUCAAGUCAUUACCAGAAGACGGACUUCCUACCUCUCUUAAUGUACUGACCAUCACGAUAUGCCCUUUGUUAGAAGAAAGGUAUAAAAGAAAGGAAAAUUGGUCCAAAAUUUCUCACAUUCCUGUCAUAGUUAUAAAUUGGCAAGUCACAAUAUGAAGACAAGUUGCCUUCCUGUUGUUUCAGGAGUGGCUGGCAGUUAAUGAAUUCUUCAUAAGCUGCAUGAGCCAGUGAGACAGAGUGCAAUGCAGUAAGCUUUGUAAUAUUUUCUUAUCAUUUGAAGGAUUCAUAAAAAGUAUUGUUUGAAACCUUGUGUUCCACUGCUUUGUUAGUAUGUGGCAACAUGAACAAUAAAUUAAUGGAACAAGAUUCAUUGAUA